AUGAUAAACAAUUUCGCAUUACCACGUUUUCCUAGCUUUUAUGGUCAUUCAAAAGAACCAGAGCAUGUUUUAACAUCUGAUAAUCGUCCAUGGAUGUCAACUCAAUAUUUUAAGUUUAAAUUGAUAACAAGUGAAAGUAUUAGUGUAAUAACCAAUACUUUUUUACAGGCGAUGUCACCAAAUAAUGUGCAAAAUAAUAUAAUAUAUGAAUUUAUGGCAGCAACCACGCGGCACAUACCAUAUGGGUGUAAAGGAGACAAAGAAAUGACUAUAGUUAUGAAAACUGAUCGUAUAAUUAAUUUACCAUACGUGAACAGUUUCAAUUUUGCCGAUGCAUUGAGAGAGGCCAUAUCACUGCGUUAUAUUUAUACCGACCGUUUUGAUAUGUAUGUUGAGGACACUACACGAUAUAGAAGUACACUCGACAAACUUGUCGAUCAUCGGAACAUUCAAGUAACUUGUUCAUUAAAAGGCUGGGAAAUAACGAAUGUUUCGAGAGACGUGAUGAAUAAUAAUACUACAAGAGUUGUUACGCAGCACUAUAACUGGGAUGGCGUACGUCUAGCAUCUAAAAUGCUAAACAGAAGUAACUCUCACCAAAUAAUUAACGCUUUUAUCGCUAAGAUUUUUGAAUUAGAUAAAUUUAUAUAUGUUAAUAUGUACACAGGAAGAAGAAAUAAAUUUAAUCGCAAAAUUUACAAGCGAGUAAAGCGUAAAGUUUAUAACGGUCCUUCUAUUCCUUUUGAUGUAUAUCUUGAUAUUUUUAUUAAAUAUUCUAGGAAUUUAAAUUUCGCAGGAGUGUAUACUGAACUAUUUAGUAAAGAUAGUGGGAUGUUAGAUGUAAUAAUAGAAUUUAACGGUCAAAGAGUUUAA